AUGCGCCGACGCGUUUUACUGGAAUUCGUAAUCGUUGAGGUUUUGGAACGCGUGUUGGCCUAUACAAUGACUUGCGGGGCCAACCGCUUAAGUGUUAUGUUACUAUUAUUAUUAUUAUUAUUAUUAUUAUUAUUAUUAUUAUUAUUAUUAUUAUUAUUAUUAUUAUUAUUAUUAUUAUUAUUAUUAUUAUUAUUAUUAUUAUUAUUACUAUUAUUAUUACUAUUAUUAUUAUUUAUGUACUCAGCUUAG